AAAACGACGCCGUUGUGUCUUAGAACCCUAGGUCUAAAAGCCGCUUAGCUCUCAUCUUUAUUCCCUUCAGUCUGUAGUUGGAGCCUUCUGCCGCUAGCUUCGUCCGAGUAUUUUCACCCUCGGUUUCAUCUCUCUCUCGCAUUGAUUCGAACCAAUGGCUCCGAAGAAGGAUAAGGCUCCUCCCCCAUCCUCCAAGCCCGCCAAGUCCGGCGGUGGCAAGCAGAAGAAGAAGAAGUGGAGCAAGGGAAAGCAAAAGGAGAAGGUUAACAACAUGGUGUUGUUCGACCAGGCUACCUACGACAAGCUUCUUUCCGAGGCUCCAAAAUACAAGCUCAUCACCCCCUCUAUCCUUUCCGAUCGUUUGAGGAUUAAUGGAUCACUAGCAAGGAAGGCUAUUAAGGAUUUGAUGGCCAGAGGUUUGAUCAGGAUGGUGUCUGCUCAUGCAAGCCAGCAGAUUUACACUAGAGCAACAAACACCUAAGAUUCCUUAUUUGUCCCAACAUAUUUAGUUAAGUGUUUGCCGAGUUUGAAUGUUAUUAUACUUUUAUGUUGAGUUGUUUCAUGUUAGAACGAGUAUUGAAGGUUACUAUUGGACUAAUUUGAAUUGUUGUUUCUUGAGCUCUUAAUGACUUAAUUUCAGUAGAGAAAGUUUUGUGAUAAA